AUGGCCAGCUUCGAGAAGACCUUGAACAUCAAGAUUCCAUCGAAAACCGAUGGUUGGAAUCUCGACGCUUGGAAGUAUCUUCCGAAGACUGCAGGAGCCGAACCGAAGGGACUGCCCGUCAUUGUCAUGGCGCAUGGCAUCUCCGCCAACAAGUCGAUGGGACUUGGUAAGUACGCAGAAGAAUUCGUCGGUAUGGGCUACGGCAUUGUCGUAUUUGACUACCGACGGUGGGGAACGUCCGACGGUACCCCAAGACAUGUUGUCUACGUCUCCGAACAGCUUGACGACUACAGGACCGUUGUCAAGUAUGUGAGGCAACAGCCUGAAUUUGAUCCCCAGCGGGUAAUCCUUUGGGGCACAAGCUUCUCAGGCGGUCAUGUCGUCAACCUUGCUAGCGAGGAAAACCUCAAUGUCUCUGCUGUUGUAUCACAGUGCCCCUACUUGGGCAAUACGCCCUUCCCGCACAUCAGUACGGCAUCCAUCAAGACGAUGUUCGCGGCUAUCUCCGACCUACUCAAGCAGGCUAUCGGGCUCAGCCCUAGAUACAUGCCCGCCGUCGCCCGUCCCGGUGAGGUGGGCCUCAUGACAUGGGCAGAUAAUUACGAAGGCAUGUUUGGCAUCGUGAAAGGGGAUGCCAUCUACCCGAAUGAAGUCAACGCAUCAGCUAUGCUCGACUUUCCCCUUUACACGCCCUCGGCCUCAGCCUCUCGAGUAGCAUUUCCUACCAUCAUCAUCGCAGCAGAGCAUGACAGCCUCUGCCCAAUAACUGAGGCAAAGAAGGUCAAAGACGCGUCCAACAAGGUCGAGCUUGUGACUUUGCCCUGUGGUCAUUUCGAUCUGUACCCCGGCACAACGUCGGCCCACGAUAAGACGUUGGAGGCCAUGAAGAAAUUCUUGCUUGACCACGUCCCGCCCGUGCGUUCAUCUUAA